UGGGGGGGGGUGGGGGGGGGAGAGGCGGCGACCCGGCCCGAAUUUCACCUCAGCGCUGCUCGGAUCUGCGGGGCCAUGGGAGACAAAGGCACGCGGGUGUUCAAGAAAGCGAGUCCCAACGGGAAGCUCACGGUGUACCUGGGCAAGAGGGACUUUGUGGACCACAUCGACGUGGUGGAUCCCGUGGACGGAGUGGUGCUGGUUGAUCCUGAGUACCUGAAGGAAAGGAAAGUCUUCGUGACGCUGACGUGCGCCUUCCGUUACGGCCGCGAGGACCUGGACGUGCUGGGCCUGACGUUCCGCAAGGACCUGUUUGUGGCCAACGCUCAGGCCUUCCCCCCCGUGCCCGAGGACAGGAAGCCCCUCACCCGCCUGCAGGAGCGCCUCAUCAAGAAGCUGGGCGAGCACGCCUACCCCUUCACCUUCGAGAUCCCCCCCAACCUGCCCUGCUCCGUCACGCUGCAACCCGGCCCCGAAGACACGGGGAAGGCCUGCGGUGUGGACUAUGAGGUCAAAGCUUUCUGCGCAGAGAACCUGGAGGAGAAAAUCCAUAAGAGGAACUCUGUCCGCUUGGUCAUCCGCAAAGUGCAGUACGCCCCGGAGCGCCCCGGCCCCCAGCCCAUGGCUGAGACCACCAGGCAAUUCCUCAUGUCAGACAAACCGCUGCACCUGGAGGCGUCUUUGGACAAGGAGAUCUACUACCACGGGGAGCCCAUCAGCGUCAACGUCCACGUCACCAACAACACCAACAAGACAGUGAAGAAGAUCAAAAUCUCAGUGCGCCAAUACGCCGACAUCUGCCUCUUCAACACCGCCCAGUACAAAUGUCCUGUGGCAGUGGAGGACGCCGAUGACAUGGUGGCUCCGAGCUCAACGUUCUGCAAAGUCUACACCCUGACCCCCUUCCUUGCCAACAACCGGGAGAAACGUGGGCUGGCCCUGGAUGGCAAGCUGAAGCAUGAGGACACCAACCUGGCCUCCAGCACGCUGCUGAGGGAUGGAGCCAACAAGGAGAUCCUGGGCAUCAUCGUGUCCUACAAGGUGAAGGUGAAGCUGGUGGUGUCGCGAGGAGGCCUGCUGGGAGACCUUGCCUCCAGCGACGUGGCCGUGGAGCUGCCCUUCACCCUGAUGCACCCCAAACCCCGAGAGGAGCCGGCGCACCGGGACGUUCCAGAGAACGAAGCUCCCAUAGAUACAAACCUGAUCGAGCUUGACACAAAUGACGACGACAUCGUGUUCGAGGACUUCGCCCGGCAGCGGCUGAAGGGGAUGAAGGACGACAAGGAGGAUGAGGAGGAAAGGACCAACUCCCCACAACUCAACGACAGAUAAGCAGACCCUGGAGCUGCCCACCCUGCUCGCAUCCACGCGUUCAGAGGCUUCUUCUUCUCUUUGGGUUUUUGUAUGAUGAUGAUGAUUCGCUUUGUUUUCUACCCCACGGAUCCGCCGCCAGCAGCCAUCAGACCCUGCGCCCCCUUGUCCCCAUUCAUCCCUUUUUGGGGUGGGCUGGGGGGAGCCGAGGCUCAGCCUUCACCCCGUCAGCCUUCACCCCUCCGGCCCCUUUUUCCCUUCCCGAAGCUCCGGGCCCUUUCCUGGGAGCUGCUCUUUUAUGCAUUUUGUAUUGUCUGCUCUCGAUGCUGGGGAGGGGGGAAGGGGUGCAGCAGAAUUUUGGGGAAGAAGGGGGGGAUUUUUUUUUAAGGCAGCCCGCUUGUGGGAAAGGGCCCCCAUCCCUCCAUCCAUCCAUCCAUCCAUCCAUCCCUCCAUCCAUCCAUCCAUCCAUCCUUCCAUCCAUCCAUCCAUCCAUCCAUCCCUCCAUCCAUCCAUCCAUCCCUCCAUCCAUCCAUUCAUCCAUCCAUCCAUCCCUCCAUCCCUCCAUCCCUCCAUCCCUCCAUCCAUCCAUCCAUCCCUCCAUCCAUCCAUUCAUCCAUCCAUCCAUCCAUCCAUCCCUCCAUCCCUCCAUCCCUCCAUCCAUCCAUCCAUCCCUCCAUCCAUCCAUUCAUCCAUCCAUCCAUCCAUCCAUCCAUCCAUCCAUCCAUCCAUCCAUCCAUCCAUCCAUCCAUCCCUCCAUCCAUCCAUCCAUCCAUCCAUCCAUCCAUCCCUCCAUCCCUCCAUCCAUCCCUCCAUCCCUCCAUCCCUCCAUCCAUCCCUCCAUCCCUCCAUCCAUCCAUCCAUCCAUCCAUCCAUCCAUCCAUCCAUCCAUCCAUCCAUCCAUCCAUCCA